UCUCUUUUCAAAAGGAAGCUCUAAUCUGCUGCUAGCAAUGCAUCCUGAGAGGAGGCUAUGUUGGUGUUACCCUGCUUUCUGUGUGUGGGCAUUUGUAUUCACAUCCUUGAUUAAAGGUACGACAGCCUGCGAAUCAGAGGCGCGGUUAUUUCACAAACUCUUUUCCCAGUACAACCAGUUCAUCAGGCCGGUGGAAAAUGUGUCUGAUCCUGUCACAGUGUAUUUUGAACUGGCCAUUACCCAGCUUACAAAUGUGGAUGAAGUCAAUCAGAUUAUGGAAACAAAUUUGUGGCUAAGACAUAUUUGGAAUGACUACAAAUUGCAGUGGGAUCCCAGAGAAUAUGAUGACAUUGAAUUUGUUCGGGUACCCGCAGAUAAAAUCUGGAAACCAGAUAUUGUCUUGUAUAAUAAUGCAGUGGGAGAUUUUCAAGUUGAAGGCAAGACUAAAGCCCUGCUCCGCUAUGAUGGAAUGAUCACCUGGACCCCACCAGCUAUUUUUAAAAGUUCCUGUCCUAUGGAUAUUACCUUCUUCCCAUUUGAUCAUCAGAAUUGUUCACUGAAAUUUGGUUCAUGGACCUAUGAUAAAGCCAAAAUUGAUCUUCUGAUCAUUGGAUCCAAAGUAGAUAUGAAUGACUUUUGGGAAAAUAGUGAAUGGGAAAUAGUUGAUGCUUCUGGCUACAAACAUGACAUCAAAUAUAACUGCUGUGAAGAGAUCUACACGGAUAUAACAUAUUCCUUUUAUAUUCGAAGGUUGCCAAUGUUUUACACCAUAAAUCUGAUCAUUCCUUGUCUCUUCAUCUCAUUCCUGACUGUGUUAGUUUUUUACUUGCCAUCUGACUGCGGUGAGAAAGUGACUCUUUGCAUCUCUGUUCUGCUUUCUUUGACUGUAUUCUUACUGGUGAUCACAGAAACAAUCCCAUCCACCUCUUUAGUAAUUCCCCUCGUAGGUGAAUAUUUACUUUUCACUAUGAUAUUUGUGACACUGUCAAUUGUCAUCACAGUGUUUGUCCUGAAUAUACAUUACAGGACUCCAACCACACACACAAUGCCGAAAUGGGUAAAAACCGUCUUUCUUAGCCUGCUCCCCAAAGUCCUGUUGAUGCAGAGGCCACUAGAACAGCAGAAAAAAUACAUCUUCAAAAAAACCAAGAAAGGAUCAGUCAAUAUGUCAGAAAAGUCAAAGCACAGCAAACACAAAGAUACCGAAUUAGAGAGGGAGCAGUGCUGCAGUCACUGCGAUAAGGCAACUGAACUUACUACCACCAAAAGGAGACAACUGAGCCAUCAGUCACUGAAAUGGAUGGCAGAGCAGAUGGAGUACUCUCCAGAAGUGAAGGAUGUCAUUAGCAGCGUUCAGUUCAUCGCAGAGAACAUGAGGUCUCAAAAUGAAACCAAGGAGGUGGAAGAUGAUUGGAAAUAUGUAGCUAUGGUGAUAGACAGAGUAUUUCUCUGGGUAUUUAUAAUCCUUUGUGUCUUUGGAACUGCAGGGCUCUUUAUCCAGCCUCUAAUAGCAGAUACAUAACUUGAUCCACUGCUUUUU